AUGCUAAAAACCAGGACCUCACCGCGCGUUGGGAAGCUGGCAAUUAAUCUGGAGGACAAUGGCGUUGAUUCCUUCAAUGCCUUAAGAGAGCAGGGUAACAUCACCGACGACAGCGACAUCGAACAACAAGUAAUCUACAAAAAUGAGGAGAAGAAACCGACAAUAAAGCCAGAGGAUGGUGGAGACGGAGCCUUGGCGAGCUUAGAAGAUUAA